GCCAACGGCACUUCCUGCCUUUUUCAAGACAUAUAAAACCCCUCAUGCCACCAUUUGUUUCCCAUUACAUGAACAUUUUGGUCUUACACUCCAAAUGGAAGAAGUACCAGCAGCACCAAAUGAGGGGAUAAGCCUCUCUGCUCUUAGAAGCCAGUUCUCAGUGAAUGGGGAAGAAGGGCCCAAGUACGGCUUUGAUGGCAACAUAUAUCACUACGGCGAUGGGACCAGCGUGGCUUCUCAGAACUCCUCACAGAUCCUCACAGGUUACAACACUCUGGAUGUUGGCCCAAAUUAUGACUUCUAUGCGAACACAAAUGCCCUAGGCAGGGUGCGUCGAUCAAGACCAUCCCUCUUUCAGCUUCACUCCAACAUUGAAGUAAGUACGACACAUUUGGCCUCUAGGCAACAUACCUGCAAUAUGUCAGGCCCUCUAUAGUGUUUUUUUUUUUUAUACUGCAAAUUGUACAGACUGAUAUACAUUAUAGUUACAUCCCUAUUUCCCCACCACCACCCCUAAGGAGGAUUCCUUUCCCCCUCCUCUGUAUGAGGAGACCAACACAUGCAGAGCACCUGGGGACAGCUCAGAAGAUGAUGUUGAGGAGCCUCAGUCAGAACCCGCCAGGUUUGGAUGGGUGAAGGGAGUCAUGGUAAGACAUGGCAGACACAAAACAACUGAGAUGCCAGACAGCACUAUACAUACUCCAUUAUACUGGUAGUCAUGACAACAUGCUAAGGAGACGUGAAUUCCCCCUAGAUCCGCUGCAUGCUCAACAUCUGGGGGGUGAUCCUGUACCUGCGGCUGCCCUGGAUCACUGCACAAGCAGGAAUUGGUGGGUCAAGCAAUUGGUCUCAACACUUUUAUUUCAUUAAAGUGUCAAGUUUGUGUAUUUGUGGGACUGUAUUUGUAUGGUUUAAUGGAUUGUGUGUGACAUUCCUCCCCUAAGGUUUGACCUGGGUCAUCAUCCUGCUGUCCUCCUGCAUCACUGGCAUCACUGGCCUGUCCACCUCUGCCAUCGCCACCAACGGAAAGGUCAAAGGAGGUGCAUUAUCCCUUCCCUGAAAUAAUACAAUAAUAACACAGGGUCAGGUGGCCCUGGCCUUUUUGGGGGGCCCUAAGCGAUUUGGUUGGGGGGGCCUCCCACCUUAUGGCAAAACAUUUUAGUGGCCCCCCUCUUGACGGCGGAGAGAAACAUUUACGUUUUAAAGUUAGUUUCCUGCAAUUCUACCGAUUUUGCCAUGAGGUGGAGAGAAAUGUUUGCAGUUUAAAGCUAAUUUCCUACAAUUCUUCACAUAUUGCCAUGACUUAUGCCAUGUUAAUAUGAUAUCUGAUUGAGAGUGACUAACAAAAUCAAUGUGGGCCCCUUGGAGGUCAGGGCCCCUGGGCACGUGCCCUGCAUGCCCAGUCGGUAUUCGGCCAUGAUUACUACAUGUUUAGAUAGCUGGCUAGACUAACUACCAAUCUAAAAAUUGUUAGCUGACAUGGCUAAUUGAGUGACUGUCAGUGACUGACAUAACAAGAGAAAAACUGAGUUCCUAAACCGCUAAUGUCGCUUAUGCCUGGGACCGGCCCUGCACAGGGUUCUUAUACUAAAAUAUUUACAACACUGAUCCUCUUUUUUCCCUCUUGCAGGUGGAACCUACUUCCUAAUCUCUCGUAGCCUGGGGCCAGAGCUGGGAGGAUCCAUUGGACUCAUCUUUGCCUUUGCAAAUGCUGUGGCAGUUGCCAUGCACACUGUGGGCUUCGCUGAGACUGUGCAAGCAUUGAUGCAAGUCAGUGUGUUAUCACAUAGGCCUAUACCCACAUCACUUAUAGCCAACCUCUGAGUUGGCAUUCCCUUUUUAACUGUACCCUUGUUUUAAUUUGUCACCCAAACCUCCCACCUCAGGAGAGUGGUGCCAGCAUGGUGGACCCAAUUAAUGAUAUCCGCAUCAUUGGAGUGAUCACUGUCACAUGUCUGCUGGCCAUCUCAUUGGCUGGGAUGGAAUGGGAGGCCAAGGUCUGUUCAAACUGCCACUAGGAGGCUACAGUACAUGCCUUGUCACAAAAAAAUAGGAGAACAUAUGAGAGACGAGGUCUGAUGUUAGAACUUAAUACCGUUUGUUGAUGCUGGCAAUUUCUUUAUGAAUUUGUAAAAUUCAUGUUUUUCUAUAAGAUGUAUUGAAUUUGUUUGGGAAUUAUUGUUUAUCGUAAGCCUCUAACUAUGUAGUCUCUGGAUAGAUGUCAUGUAAUCAUGUAGUGCAUUGUGUUUGAAAUGAGUGUUCUUUGCCAACUAUACAGGCCCAGGUUCUCUUCUUCAUUGUCAUCUUGGUGUCCUUUGCUAAUUACAUAGUGGGGACCAUUAUUCCCGCUACACCUCAGAAGCAAGCCAAGGGCUUUUUCAAUUACAAAGGUCAGAGCUCCAUGGCAUUUAGACAGAGUGUGAGUGUUGUACAUUUCAUAUUUCAUAUUAGUUAUUUUUGUUUUUCCUCUAUCAAUAAAAUAGGCAUACUAACUAUUCUUUCCCGUCAGCGGAUAUAUUUGCUGAAAACUUUGUACCCAACUGGCGUGGGCCUGAAGGCAACUUCUUUGGCAUGUUCUCCAUCUUCUUCCCCUCAGCCACAGGGAUCCUGGCAGGAGCCAACAUCUCUGGGGACCUAAAGGCAGGUUCCUUCCUCUGAUCUCUCUAGAAAUGUCUACUGUAUCUUCUCACUAUAGGAGAGGAGGGCUCUGUGGAUGAAAGGGAGAUGGGAUGUUUAAUUCAGAUGCUUAUUAUAACAAAUGUUUGACUGUUGACUAGUCAUUAUAUAUCCCCCCCCCCCCCCCCCCCCCCCCCCCCCCUUAUCUCUACACAAUAUAGGACCCUACAGUAGCUAUUCCAAGAGGAACAUUGAUGGCUAUAUUCUGGACCACUAUAUCUUAUCUCAUCAUAUCAGCAACUAUUGGUGAGUUGUACACACACAUGCACAAAGUGUCUCCUCAUGAUUUAAUUGGUGCUUUCUUCUGUCAAUAUGUGCUGUGUAUGGGCCUCUCUCUGUCCUGGUUUAGGAGGCUGUAUGGUACGAGAUGCGUCUGGAGUUAUGAAUGACACCUUGGACUCUAAUACUUCUAACUGCCAGGGUCCGGCCUGUCUCAACGGCUGGGACUUCACUGAAUGUAUUACUAACAGAACCUGCCCUUAUGGCCUCAUCAACCAGUACCAGGUAACCUAAUACACAUGAUUGAUUACCAUGUUUCAAUGUUCAAUGCACAAGUAUGGCCUUGGUGUAUUGUACAGUGGGGAAAAAAAGUAUUUAGUCAGCCACCAAUUGUGGAAGUUCUCCCACUUAAAAAGAUGAGAGAGGCCUGUAGGUACACGUCAACUAUGACAGACAAAAUGAGAAUUUUCUUUCCAGAAAAUCACAUUGUAGGAUUUUUAAUGAAUUUAUUUGCAAAUUAUGGUGGAAAAUAAGUAUUUGGUCAAUAACAAAAGUUUCUCAAUACUUUGUUAUAUACCCUUUGUUGGCAAUGACACAGGUCAAACGUUUUCUGUAAGUCUUCACAAGGUUUUCACACACUGUUGCUGGUAUUUUGGCCCAUUCCUCCAUGCAGAUCUCCUCUAGAGCAGUGAUGUUUUGGGGCUGUCGCUGGGCAACACAGACUUUCAACUCCCUCCAAAGAUUUUCUAUGGGGUUGAGAUCUGGAGACUGGCUAGGCCACUCCAGGACCUUGAAAUGCUUCUUACGAAGCCACUCCGUCGUUGCCCGGGCGGUGUGUUUGGGAUCAUUGUCAUGCUGAAAGACCCAGCCACGAUUCAUCUUCAAUGCCCUUGCUGAUGGAAGGAGGUUUUCACUCAAAAUCUCAUGAUACAUGGCCCCAUUCAUUCUUUCCUUUACACGGAUCAGUCAUCCUGGUCCCUUUGCAGAAAAACAGCCUCAAAGCAUGAUGUUUCCACCCCCAUGCUUCACAGUAGGUAUGGUGUUCUUUGGAUGCAAUUCAGCAUUCUUUGUCCUCCAAACACGACGAGUUGAGUUUUUACCAAAAAGUUCUAUUUUGGUUUCAUCUGACCAUAUGACAUUCUCCCAAUCCUCUUCUGGAUCAUCCAAAUGCACUCUAGCAAACUUCAGACGGGCCUGGACAUGUACUGGCUUAAGCAGGGGGACACGUCUGGCACUGCAGGAUUUGAGUCCCUGGCGGCGUAGUGUGUUACUGAUGGUAGGCUUUGUUACUUUGGUCCCAGCUCUCUGCAGGUCAUUCACUAGGUCCCCCCGUAUGGUUCUGGGAUUUUUGCUCACCGUUCUUGUGAUCAUUUUGACCCCACGGGGUGAGAUCUUGCGUGGAGCCCCAGAUCGAGGGAGAUUAUCAGUGGUCUUGUAUGUCUUCCAUUUCCUAAUAAUUGCUCCCACAGUUGAUUUCUUCAAACCAAGCUGCUUACCUAUUGCAGAUUCAGUCUUCCCAGCCUGGUGCAGGUCUACAAUUUUGUUUCUGGUGUCCUUUGACAGCUCUUUGGUCUUGGCCAUAGUGGAGUUUGGAGUGUGACUGUUUGAGGUUGUGGACAGGUGUCUUUUAUACUGAUAACAAGUUCAAACAGGUGCCAUUAAUACAGGUAACGAGUGGAGGACAGAGGAGCCUCUUAAAGAAGAAGUUACAGGUCUGUGAGAGCCAGAAAUCUUGCUUGUUUGUAGGUGACCAAAUACUUAUUUUCCACCAUAAUUUGCAAAUAAAUUCAUUAAAAAUCCUACAAUGUGAUUUUCUGGAAUUUUUUUCCUCAAUUUGUCUGUCAUAGUUGGCGUGUACCUAUGAUGAAAAUGACAGGCCUCUCUCAUCUUUUUAAGUGGGAGAACUUGCACAAUUGGUGGCUGACUAAAUACUUUUUUCCCCCACUGUAUGUGUUUCACUCCCAUUUCUUUCUGUGGUCAGAGUAUGAGUUUGGUGUCAGGGUUCGCCCCUCUGAUCACUGCUGGGAUAUUUGGGGCCACUCUCUCCUCAGCCCUGGCCUGCCUGGUCUCUGCACCCAAAGUCUUCCAGGUUGGUUUUCUUAGGGAACCACUUUUACUACAAAUAAAGAGGCAUUGGUGUGUUAUUCUAUUAGCAUGAUCUAGUUCUGUUCUCACUUACAGUGUCUCUGCAAAGACAACCUGUAUCCAGUCAUUGGUUUCUUUGGGAAGGGUAAUGGAAAAAACGACGAACCAAUCAGAGGCUACGUCCUGGCGUACAUCAUCGCUGUCUGCUUCGUUCUCAUUGGUAUGAUAAAGACCUGUCAAGAUAGAUGCAGAGUGAAAAGGAGAUGUUUUUACAGUAACACAGCCCUGCCCUGUCUUCUCACCCUUCAGCUGAGCUCAACACCAUCGCUCCCAUCAUCUCUAACUUCUUCCUGUGCUCCUACGCUCUCAUCAACUUCAGCUGCUUCCAUGCCUCCAUCACCAACUCCCCAGGUCAGGAGCUCAACCAGGACAUGGUAUCAUGACCAUUAAAAGUCCUGUGCUGCUCUUAUGUUCUAACCAAACACCAGAUACAAAGUAAACAAAUUAAAUAUCAUAUUACCUAAUAAUAUUUGUGUCGGUUUCAAUGUGUGUGAUUGACUGUGUUGCAGGAUGGCGUCCCUCCUUCAGGUUCUACAGUAAGUGGAUGGCCCUGCUGGGUGCUGUGGUGUCUGUGAUCAUCAUGUUCCUUCUCACCUGGUGGGCAGCACUCAUCGCUAUUGGCAUCGUCAUCUUCCUGUUGGGAUAUGUGCUCUACAAGAGACCCUGUGAGAAAACACACACAUACAAAGUUUUAAAUUCAUUCCCCCAAAAAUAUCUGUAGUAGUUUUUUGGCAAGCAUCGUUUUCCUUUGAAUAUUCAGCAACUCAAUCGGUUAUUUGUUAAUUUUUAGCUGUAAACUGGGGAUCAUCAGUACAAGCUGGGUCAUACAACAUGGCAUUGUCCUACUGUGUGAGCCUGAACCAGGUGGAUGACCAUAUCAAGAAUUACAGGUCAGACCUGAACUCUCUCUGAGGACCUAAUGAGAACAAUGUCAGGCUUUUGUUGCUGUUCCAACUGAAUAACAAUGUCUCACUUUGUAUGUGCUUUUCUUAUUCCCUUUAUUCUUACCUCCCUCCUUUCUCAGACCUCAGUGCCUGGUCCUCAGUGGUGCACCCAGUUGUCGUCCUGCAUUGGUCGACUUUGUCGGAACCUUCACCAAGAAUCUAAGCCUGAUGAUAUGUGGGAAUGUUGUCACUGUGAGUUAUCAUCUUGAAUCAUUGUACAGGGGUCAUUAAGGGUUGCCCUAUUACCCAGGGAAAGUGACCUGAGCAGUCACGCUCUGAGGUUGUCCCAUUACUCAAGUAUUUUUUUUUUCUGAUAAAAACCAAAAUGCUAAGAAUUUCAGUAGUCUGGUCUUUCUGGUUCCUCCAUUGUGUGUGGGUGAAAAUAGCUACUUUACAUUUUCAGGCAAGUGAUCACAAUCUUCUGGCCACCAAAAAAUACUCCUGACUUGACCUUCAUUAAUAUAUUAAUCUUAAUAAUAUAGCUGACGCUUUUAUCCAAGUGACUUACAGUCAUGUGUGCAUACAAACUAUGGGUGGCCGCAGCGGGAAUCAAACCCACGACUAUUGGCAUUGCAAGCACCAUGCUCUACCAACAGAGCCACACAGGAGACAAUGUCAAUUAUUGAUUGUACAUUCGCUAUUUUUUGUAUUCUAAGUCAUUAACCUCUAACUCCCUCUGUCACCCUGCUGCUCUGUCAACAGGGAAGUCCUUCUCCCUCAACCUUGGAUGCUGCCAGUAGCAACAGUCAUAUUACCUGGCUGAACAAACGGCAGAUCAAAUCGUUCUAUCACGGUGUGGUGGCUAAUGACCUGCGCGCUGGGGUUAAGAUGCUGCUCCAGGUGGGCCAACUGCCAUGCCUUAUCUAUCAGGACCCUUUUCAUUAUGUGGAUUUAAUUAACGUGUUAAACUGUGUCUAACUCCAGGGUGCAGGUUUGGGUCGGAUCAGGCCGAAUGUCCUCUUGACGGGCUUCAAAAGGGACUGGCGUAAGGACAAACCAUCCUGCAUUGACAACUACAUUGGAAUUCUACAGUGAGUGAAUCACUCAGUCAAAUCAGCAAGAUGAGUUCAUAAUGGAUGUGACGGAGUGAGGAUGCAGUUUAAUAUGUCUUUGUACAUUUGUUUCAGUGAUGCGUUUGACCUGCAGUAUGGAGUGUGUGUGCUGCGAAUGAGGGAGGGUCUGGACAUGUCUCGGCAGGCACAAACACAUGGUGAGGAACCCAACAACCAUGAAGAUUUCAUGUUCUUUUACAAUAUAUCUUUAUAUAUCAUUGCCUCCUUUUAAUGCAGUUAACCCUGGGUUUGAGGCAAGCCCAGAGAGGGGUGUCAACACCUGUGUCCCACCUGCACCCCCUGCAAAUUUUUCAUGUAUGUAUGAUAACAUUUAGAGUAUAUAGUUUGUGGUCUAUGACAUUCAUCUUUUUCUAUACUAUUGACAAAGAGAUGUUGUCUUGGUUAUAGUGGACCCUGAUGCCAUGGUGACUGAGCCUCAGCCUCAGCCUUGUACUGUGUUCCAGUCCCAGCAGGGGAAAAAGACCAUUGAUGUGUACUGGCUGUUUGAUGAUGGAGGCGAGUUUAUUGUUGUGGAUUUGAUUGUGCCCUUCCACAAAUCAAACUUUUUCUGCAUUCAACAGCACAAGCCUUCAAGUUUUAUAACAUAGUCAGAUUGAUAAUGUGGGGUCAUAAAUCAUACAAUGUUGUUACAUGUCAAGUACCCCAGGUCAAAAAGAUAACAUAGGAUAUAAUUAUGUCAUUGGUCAUAUCAGGCAGAGGGGUCAAUGUUAUGUGUGAAAGGUAAAUGUUAAGUCUGUUGUGCUCUUAAAGGUCUGAUUUUGCUACUUCCCUACCUGCUCACACGUAAGAAGCGCUGGGCAAGGUGCAAGGUACGCGUCUUUGUGGGCGGAGACAUCCAGCGAAAGGAGGAGCAAAAAAAAGAGUGAGUGUAGUAUGUUUAAGGCCAUACUGUGUGGUAGAAACAUUAUAUAAUGUUGUCAGGAUCCCCCUUGGCCUUUCCCCUCCUUUGAAUAUAAGCAUUUCGCUGCACCUGCAAUAACAUCUGCAAAUCUGUGUACGCGACCAAUAAACUUUGAUUUGAUUUUGAUUUGAAUAGUUCAACUGACCAUGUCCUUGUGUCCAAUUUAGAGUCAUGGACCUCAUCAGCAAGUUUCGCCUUGGUUUCCAUGACGUUGAGGUUCUGCCUGAUAUCAAUGCGAGACCACAACCUGAACAGUAUGGUUCCCUGUCACUCACUAUAUACUGUAUAACUGUGUACUAUUCAGCAUUGUACUUUCUUAUUCUUACGUAAGAGUUCAGUUGCACAGUGAUUAAACUCACAAUGAUUCAUUUAAUCUACAUCCAUUCACAAUGUCUGCAGGUCAAUGCUCUGUUGAGACCCUUUCCUCUGCCUUUUUCUCUGACAGUGUGAGGAGGUUUGAGGAACUGAUAGGGCCCUACAGGCUUAACACAGCCCAGAAGGAUGGCCAUGUAACAGCUGAACAGAUUAAUCAGGACUGUCCCUGGAUGGUGUCUGAUAAGGAGAUAGAGACAAAUAAGCCCAAGGUGACCAUUAUCUGUGUUUCAUUGGUCAAAAAGGCAGGACCACUCUAUUGCCAAACUUUCAAAUGUAGCAUAGCUAGAUGUGGAAUAUUUGGUUAUGACAGUUUCACUGUUCUCAGACAGACUGCUUACAGUACCUUUUAAAUGUGUGUUUGUGCACCAGACCCUUCGACAGAUUCGUCUGAAUGAGGUUCUUCAAGAUUACUCAAGGGACGCCGCCAUUAUUUUUGUGUACGUACUCUGUUUUUGCAAACCAGAUAUUUUUAUUGCAUUUAUUGACUUCAACCCAUCCCAUGACAAAGCUAAUAAAGGUGAGAGUGAUGACUGAUCUAUGUCCUCUCAUUGACAGGACCAUGCCUGUGGGAAGGAGAGGGCAAUGUCCCAGUGCUCUGUACAUGGCAUGGCUGGAGACUUUGUCUCGUGACCUGCGCCCACCAGUCUUACUGGUGAGGGGAAACCAAGAGAAUGUGCUCACCUUCUAUUGUCAGUGAUCCCUGUUUUAACCAUGUUCAAUGAAAUCACCCCAUGGUCAAGGAAAAUAACAUUGUUAUUGUCAUAAAUGAUCAUGCAUUAGAUGUGCUCUGGUAGAAGUGCUCUAUGACAUUUCACUUCUUUCAUUAUCAUCAGUACUAGACACAUUAGCCAUCUGUGAAAUAUGUGAUUAGAUUUAACGUCAUCAUCAUUAUCAUCAUCAUCAGUACCAGAAGCAUUGUUGUCGUUAUCAUCAUUAAGCAGUAGUAAAAAACAUUAUUGAUUGUUAAACGUGUGCUUGAUGAUAGAAGUUUUGAAGUGUAACACCAGUGUCUAUUUGUAAUUGUCUGUAAAUUUUUACUGUGCCUAUUUAAUUUGGGAUGUAAGCAACAAAGGUAAAUGGGAUAACUAGGCUUCUUGUAUUGUGUACCCCCUUGAAAACAUCCCAAUGUCACAAUGAUCAUUCCAAUACAAAUUCUAAGAACUCUAUUAUGUAGCCUUACUUUAAGAAUAAAGUAUUUUUGGUUGAACCCACUACAUAAUUUUUUGUUUUAUAUAUAGAAGUACACCAUUUAAUUAUCUAGUCAAAUGUUUCUGUCUUUUGAAAGUGGAAAAUAAUUUGGACAGGCCAAAAGCAUUCUAGAGCAAAGGCAUUUCUGUUGGAUGGAACUCAGUGGUUCUCAAACGUAGGUUUGAAGUUGAAAUGGGGUCCCCUGAGAAAAACUGUAAUCUUAUCAAACAAAGUAAUAUCUUUUUUCUCUUCAAAUGGGUAUAGAAUACACAGAGGUGUAAAGUACCCUGGUCAUCCCUACUGCCUCUG